AGCAGCAACCUCCACGUGGUGAGACCUGGUAAUCGAUAUUACUUGCGAUGUAACAUAUAUAUAUAUAUUCCGUAAUUUCUGUCGCAAAAACAACGCAAGUACUAUCGAGCUAAUGGCUGCCUUUAUUAUGGCUUAUAGAAUAUUAUUUUGUUAUUUAAAAACAAAAAAAGAAAGUACAUGUUUCAAUCAGUAAUAUGUUUCACGUAGUACAUUUCAAAUGAUUAAUUGAUUAUUAAUAAUAAUAAUAAUAAUAAUAAUUUUCAAAAUUCGUCUCGAUCCAUUCCUACCUUCGUUAUAUCGUAUCUCCAGUGAAUUUCGUUAUUUUAUUUUCAACAUUCGAAUAUAUUUUAUUAUUUAUCGAAUAUUUGUUCAUCAAUAAAAGGGAUAUUAAUUAGAAAUGGAUAAUAAAAAUGAAGAAACAAUCGUAUACGUUACGAUACCAAGGAAAGAAGAGCUCAGUUGCGUUAAUUGUGAAAUUGAUUUCAUUGAAGUACAAAAUUCAUUAGCAAGAUCGAAUUAUCAUUGGCAAACAUUAAAGUGUCGAUUAAUUAUACACAUUCUUCCGGAAAUUAUUGCAUCUCCUAUACCGGGGACAGAUAAUUCGAUAUCUAUUAUUACUUCUAAUGAAUUUUUGGAAACUGGCAAAUUGCAGAAAACUUUACGAACUUUGAACAUGUUGGCAAGUGUUUCAUAUGCGAAUAUUAAUUGGGGGAAUUAGUUUUAUUUAAUUAAAUGAUAGAAAACAUUCUUUCUUUUUUUAAUUUUUGAUUUUUAAAGUUUAAAAGUCCACAAACGGUAACGGUGGAAGGUUAUAUAGUUUGUCUUAAUUAUACGAUAGAAUGCAAAUUAGCUCCAAUGUGGAAUAAAGUUGGACAAUAUUAUAUACAAGGCAAACAUUUUUAUACGUCUAUGCAAGAAAUGAAUGCAUUGAAAUUACAGAUUUCAAUAAAUGAUGGAAACGUGUUAUUUAAAUUUCAACCGAGAAAACUCAAAAUACCAUUUAUACAAUUGGAAGAUUUUUAUUUGUUACGUUCGUCGAUAUUAGAUUUUCUAAUAGAUAAUAAUGGUUUCAUCAAUUUAACAGAAUUUUCUCAAUCGGUAUACGUAUUGCCAAGUAUGAAUAUGGGAAAGGUCAUAUCGGUAGUUAAAAAAAUACCAUCUAGUUGUCCAUUUAAAGAUUAUGAACAAUUGCGUAGACAUUGGAAGAAUAUGUAUGGUUAUCGUUUACCCAAAACUCCUGAAGGAAUUAUAUAUUACAAUAUCAAAUUUUCAUCUCCUGGCGUUAAUCAUUUUACAUAUCCAAGUACAUGUGUAGCUCUUAAACCAUUGCAAUUGUUUCCUUCCAAUGAUAAUGAAUAUAUAAUUUCUCUAUUUAUAGAUGAUAUACGUAAGACAAUAUCUGAAAUAUGUGGCAAAAAGUUACAGAUAUUGUCACAUAAAAAAGAAAAUGUACAAUUUUUUUCAUUAAAUGAAUAUACAUCGAAUCUUCAGAAUAAGCUAUUAUCACCAGGAGAGAAAGAAUCAAGUAAAUUCCAAUCAAAUGUAAAGAUCAUUGAGAAAAUACCAAAAUCAGAGUUUCUAUCAAAAUAUGAACAUUGGUUAUUAAAAGAUACAAAUAAAUCAACGUGUCAAACAUUAAAGCCAAUAACACAUUUAUCUGAAAUUGAAAAAAUCCAUACUACUAGUAUACCAGUUGGUGUUAAUAAUAGAAAAACUUUUCUUAAUGAGAAUCUUAGAAUAGAUAAAAUAAAUGAUAAUAAAAUAAUAAAUAGUAAUUUAUUAAAUUAUAAUGAAACAGUUGGAAAAUCUUCAAAUCGUCUACAACAUGUAAAGAGAAAAUUCCAAUCUUUUGAGACUAAUACAGAAUCAAUCAAUUCAAUGCAAAUAAAUGAACAUACUAAUACAAAAGUAAAAGAAAAAUUUUUGAAUAUAAGAAAUGAUAUAAAAAUGAAUCAAGAUGUAGAUAUAGAAAUGUUGGCAAAGCUUAACCAAUUAGAUCAAGUAAAAUCUUCUAUUCUAAGUGAUUGGCUACAGAAACAUUCUAUUCCACAUAAAUUAAAAGAAAAGAAGUCUCAGUUAAUAUUAAAAGUAAUGGAACAUAUAAGAAAGAAAAAAAUUUGCUACUAGGAUAUACAAAAUAAUAAACACAUUUUAAAUGCAUACAAUUUCAUAGAUCCAUGUUAAAAGUUUUGUUAUAUAAAUGAUAGUUUUUGUUUACUUUAAAUUUAUAAAAAAAUAACAGGUAAUUAAAUUUCAUAUAAAAUAUCACAAAAACAAACGUGUGUAUAUAAAAUAUUUCUAUGAUAAUAUUACAUUUCAAUACUUUGAUAUAUUUUUAUAGCUGUUAAUAUAGAUGUCCUUUCAGCUUCUUCCUUUAUUCCAAUUUCUUGUAAAUCUUUGUCAGAAAGCAUUAGAAUAAGAUCCAUGUCUAUCUAUGUAGAAAAGAAAUAUUUUUUUUUAUUACUUAAGUAACUUUAGUAAUCAUAAAUUACUUACUUCUUCUUUAAGAAAUGUAGACAUAUGAUGACAUAAACCAUAAUGUUUUAAAAAAACAAUCAUUUUAGUUUGUUGUGAAUUUAGAACCAUUCCUCUUGGUGGGGUUCUGUAACGUGGAGGUGUAGGUGUUUUGUCACCAGAUACAUUCUCAUCAUUAAUAUAUGCAGGAACAUUUGGUGACGAUGUAGGACUAAAUUCUGGUAUAAAUUCAAGGGUAGUAUUAUGAUCAUUUUGAACAGAUGUUAGAUCUAAAUCUGCUGGACGUAUGGACUGUAAUCUUUGAAGGAAUUAUUAUUUAUUAUUAUCUUCGAAGAAAAUAUAUUAUUAUUUUAAAUAUAAUUGAUUUAUUAUACCUUUUAAGCAUUACAGUAGGUGAAUGUUUUGAAUCUUUUGUAGAUGUAGAGAUUUCUAAUAAUUUAUUAUAUUCUAUUUCAGUUUCUAUCAUAAUUGGAUCCUUUUCGUCAUUUUCAUUAAUAGUGGCUAAAUUUGUACAAUUUUUCACAAAAUAUAUAUUUGGAGAAGUAGGAAAUUCUGUGUUAGAGAUGUCUAAGAAAGUAGGUGAUAUUAGACUUGAUUCUCCUGAUAAUGUAGCUCCAGCUAACAAGUCAACAUUAAGACUUUUUAAAUAUUUUUCUUUACAAGUACUCUCUAAAGUUUCCAUUAAAUUAGAUUGAUUAUUUAUAUCGGUAUGAUAUGUAUCAAUAUUUAUUAAAGGGAUAUUAUUAUUAUUAUUAUUAUUAUUAUUAUUAUUAUUAUUAUUAUUAUUGUUAUUGUUUUUGUUGUUGUUAUUCAAAAUAUCGUCUUUAUUAUUAAAAUCCUUUAGAAUUUGUACAAUAUAUUGAGGUUUAUUUUUAUGUUCAGUUAUAGAAACAUUAUAGUUUGAUUCAUUUUUCAUUGGAAUAUCAUUUGAUCCAUCAUUCCAAUAAUCUUCUAUUUCACCAUAAAAUCUUGCCAAAUUUGCUAUUUCUGGUACUGUUGAUUGCUUCAUCAUAAUGUGUGUAUAUUCAUCUAUAAGAUAGUUUGAAUAUCAUUGUAUUUUGUUAAUUGGUAUAUAAAAUAUAGAUUAUAUAAGAAAUAUAUAAUAUAUCUUACUGGCUUUAGAAACAUCUAGACCCAUAUCGAUCAAAGAAAAAAACAAAUCUUUAUCAUUUUUCAAUGCAGCUAUACAUAGUGGAUUAAUGUCAUCAUUCAUUGCAUUUAUUAAUGUAGAUGGACAAAUUUCAUAUAUCAUUUGCAACAUUUCUUUACUUAUUGCACAAGCCAUACCAAUUACUGACAUUCCUAUUAAAUAUAUCAAAAAUUUGUAUUUACAAAUAUCAUAAUUAGUUUAUACUGUAUAUUGUAACAUCAUUUGUAAUAAAUUAUUAAUUUUUAUAUUAUAAAAAAGAAGCUGUGCUAGUAAUGACUUACCAAGAUAAGUUGAAUCAUUUAUAUUUGAUUUUUGUUGUAAAAGUAAUUUAACAGUAUCAGUAUUUCUAUUUCGAAUAGCUUGCAUCAAAGGUGUCCAACCAAAUUUAUUUUUUCUAUUAAUAACUUGACGAUGUUCUUUUUUCUGUAAAAUUUCUUUAAUGAUAUUAGAGCAACCAUAUGCUGCGCUAACGUGUAAUAAAUUUUCACCAUAAUUAUUAACAGCAUUCAAAGUAUAUUCUGAAAUAUAUAUUUUAAUGUUUUAUUGGCCAUUAAACAAAGAAAAAAAAAAAAAAAAAAAAAAAAAAAAAAUAAAGGAAGAAAAAGAAAUACAUUAACUUUACCUUGUGUACGUAACAACUUUAUAACUGUUGAUUCUAUAAUUUUCUUUGAAUCCUCUGCUUCUCUAUUUUUUUCAAUGAUAUUAUUCUGGUUGUUCAUUAUUUUAAUUCACUUAAUUAAUUCUUAUAAUGUAAAAGAU